AAAAACCAUCAAAUUCAAUAUAAGCUCCCCCUCCUAUUCAUACACAUUGUAUCUGAAAACAUAGAGCUGAGCUGAGUACUGCUUAUAAAGUCCCUUUCACCUGAACACUCAUAUUUAAUCUCUAUUGCAUACUUUUUUUUUCCCCCUCUUGAUUUUGACAAUCCUAGCUCACUCUUCCAUUUUCUCUUUCUGGGUCAUUUUCUCCACUUUUCUCUCUCCCAAACCAACCAAUUUUUCAGUCACUUUUCCCAGCUAGAAUCCGGGCGGCGAAAAAAAAAAAAAGCCAUCAAACAUGGAUGAUAAUUUGUCCGACUUUUUCGAAGAGCAUGAUUUUGUGAACGCCAACAACUUGUCAGGAGACGAUCUUUUCAGUAUUUUAGAGAGCUUAGAAGGUGCAGCGGCAGUGGAGUUUCCUCCUCCAGCACCAUUGGAUGAAACUGUGCGUUUUACGAGCUCCAAAGAGAACGAAGAAACCGCAGGAAGAUUGGCUUCUCAAAAGUCUACAUCUUCAAGCACUUUGCAGGACUAUUCGGAGACCGAGGUCGAAACUUCGCCGAAAAGCAAGAGGUUGAAGCUUUCAGGGACGACGACGACAACCACUACUUCUGAGGAAGCAAACCCUGAUGGCCAACAAAGGAUGUCUCAUAUCACGGUGGAGCGCAACAGGAGAAAGCAAAUGAACGAGCAUUUGUCGGUGUUGCGGUCCCUUAUGCCUUGCUUCUAUGUUAAAAGAGGAGAUCAAGCAUCGAUUAUUGGAGGGGUGGUUGAUUAUAUCAAUGAACUGCAACAAGUUCUGCAAUCACUAGAAGCCAAAAAGCAAAGAAAAGUUUACAGUGAAGUGUUAAGCCCCAGGCUGGUUUCAAGCCCAAGACCCUCACCACUUAGCCCUAGAAAACCACCUCUAAGUCCUAGGCUUAGCUUACCCAUCAGCCCCAGAACCCCUCAGCCAAGUAGCCCCUACAAGCCUAGGUUGCAACAAUCAUCAUCAGCUGGCUAUAAUCUUUCUCCAACCAUUCCUACUACUGCUUUACUGGAUCCUUCGCCUUCUUCUUCUUCAUCAGCUUCCUGCUCCAUUAAUAAUGAUAAUGCCAAUGAGCUCUUUGCCAACUCGAAAUCAGCCAUUGCAGAUGUGGAAGUCAAGUUUUCUGGCUCAAAUGUUCUUUUGAAGACUGUGUCUCCUUGGAUUCCUGGACAAGCUGUGAAGAUCAUUACUGCUCUUGAAGACCUCUCCCUUGAAAUCCUUAAAGUAGACAUUAGCACCGUAGACGAAACCAUGCUUAAUUCCUUCACCAUCAAGAUUGGAAUUGAAUGCCAGCUUAGUGCGGAGGAACUCGCUCACCAAAUCCAGCAAACUUUCUGCUUAGUCCACUAAGUAUAGAUUAGUUUGAGUAGUACUAGUCCCAGCUGCCCUAACAAAACCUCUCUCUCUAUCAAAUUCACACUGCUGAAUUUGCGUUAAUAAAAAGGAGAGUUAUGGAGAGGCAUUAAUUUAAUUUACCACCAUUUUUAUUUUAUUAAUUAACACGUAGUUUAAUUUAAUCGUCAUAACGUGUGUUAGCUUAGCCAGGUUGUGUAACCCUCCUUGUAAUUGAGCAUUUUACUUUUCGAGAUUUCAUUUUAAAUGUAUGAGUUUUAUUUCCAUUUCACUAUUUGAGUACAGCUGCCACUAAGUUUUA